UUGUUAUGUCUUCAGUCGGGCAUCUUUGAGCAAAAUGGGGGUGAAGAGUGUUUUCUGCAUGUGAUGGGAGUAUGUUGAUUAACAAAUGUACCUUGUCCAGCAGAAUGAGUGCGGAAUUUACUCAGCCUAACACACGAUGGGUUCACGAAUAAGGGACAACAUCAAACACUUGUUCCAGUGUUUCUGUGAAGUAGUUGCACCAAGAGGUGACAAAGAAGCAUGGAUAAUACAAAAGUUUCCUGACAGCUACAGAGAUGAAGAAGUGUUGAAAUCUGUUCCCAAGUUUGCAUACCCAUGUGAAUUUCGAAACACUGUUGUUCAACACUACUCAUUUGUUCUUACAAGCAUAGACUCAAAAUGGACAUUUGGCUUUUGUCGUCAUGAUCCAAAAACAGAGACUGCACUUGUGAUAUUAAGCUUUUUACCAUGGCAUGAAUCAUUUUAUAAAUUACUAAAUCAUGUAGCAGAAAUAACACACAAUUCUAACACAGAAGAGCUGUACAGAUUUUUAAAUGCAGUUUAUGAGGGUAAUGUACCUGAACCAGGGACUGUUAUGCAGGUGCCUUUUAAUAAUGGUGAAAGUAUUUUCAUCUGUAAGUGCCCAAACCAGUUUCAGCUGCCCAGUAUUCCAGAAAAUAGAAAUUUGACAGAAUACUACAGUGCUGUCGAUGGGCACAAUAUGAUGGUUAUAUUUGCCUCUAUGCUAUAUGAGCGUCGUAUCAUUUUCACUUCAAAAAAAUUAUCAAGACUGAGUGCCUGCGUGCAGUCUGCAAAUGCUGUGAUUUACCCAAUGAAUUGGCAACACAUAUUUAUCCCAGUUCUUCCAAUGGCACUAAUGGACUAUUUAUUUGCUCCAAUGCCUUACUUGAUAGGUGUACCUGAGCCAGUGUUGCAGCGUGUCAAAAGAAGUGAUCUUGGUGAAGUUAUUAUAUUGGAUGCUGACAGUAAUACUGUGGAGACACCUUUUGAAGACCUUGAGUCUCUCCCUGCUGAUGUGGUAAAUUCUUUAAAGAGGCAACUACGAAACCGAGCUGCUCUGUUGGGUGAUGGUGUGUCUCGAGCGUUCUUAAAAGCUCUUGUCCAGUUAAUCGGUGGCUAUAGAGAUGCAUUAAAGUUUCAGCAAGGCCAGAAGAUAACAUUUGAUCCUGAAGCAUUUAUUGAGUCUCGGCCAAUGAGUAUGCAACCAUUUUUGAGGAAGAUGUUACAGCUUCAGAUAUUUCAGCAGUUCAUAGAAGAAAGACUUGAUAUGCUCAAUAGUGGCCUUGGAUUUUCUGAUGAAUUUGAAAUGGAAGCGUGUAAUUAUUCUGGGAAGUCGAGUUCAAAACUGAAGCAGCAGUACAAAGAUUGGACAUCAACAAUGAAAAAAGAAGGAACUGCCUUUUUCAAGACUGUCAAGAGCAAGGCCAACCCAGCUAUGAAGUCAGCAGUGAAGACUGUAAGGGAACGAGGGAAAGAAGUUCGUACAGCAUACAAGGGAAUACGGUCAAAAUGGCGAGAUAGUCAGCCUCGUGACAGUUCCAGCAGUCAUGAAGGAGUUGAGUGUACAGAAGAAAGUAAUGGUAAACCCCGUUCAGCACCAACAUCACCAAUUAACAAAAGACGCCAGACAGUGCCAGGUUCCAAAGUUAAAGCCACUGUGUCCUAUAGAAGAGAAAGUAACUUGCAGAGGAAAAGGCCUCCAAGUGGAAACAGGACAAAACCGUACUGUGCUCUGAGCCCACUUUCUGACCAGAGUCCUUCUGAAGGAGGGCCAUCAGAAUUGAGCACCAGCCCACCAGCACAAGAUUUGACACCACUGGAUAUGAAUCUGAUGGGGGACCUUCAAGACAUUUUCAAAAAGUGUUCAGCCCUAACAGAUAUGACUGACGAUGUUUCCCCUCCAGUGGACAGAACAUUGAAGCCUGUACGAAGCCUUGAAAGUUUCAAGCACUCACCAGGAAGUGGCACAGAUUUGCUUUCAGUUCCUGUUCCCUUACCAAAGAAUCGCCCACCUGUCCAAAUAGUACCACAAACUAUAACCCCAGUGUCCUCCUGCACUAGCAGUAAUUCAUCAUCACCAGAAAAAACCUCUCCAGGCAACCACCUUUCACUGCUUCCUAAUACUGCUUGUACUUCAACUUUUGAUGGUAUUGGCUGUGAUUUAUUUGGUGCCACACCGUUUAUCAUAAAUGAUUCCUCACAUGAAGACUCACUAUUUGUAGUGGCUUCCACAUCUUCCAUAGAUAUGGUCAGGCUGCCUCCUCCAGCACAAACAUUCCGGAAUAAAAAGCCUGGUGCAGAAGCUGAUCUUAUACGUCUGGACUCUACACCCAGUGAUGAAGAUUUUGAUCCUCUGUUAUCAAGAGACCAAGGAGGUGAUAAUGGAAUUUCUUCAAGUGCUGGGAAUUUCCAACCAUCUUCACAGAAACAUAUCGCUCUUGAAGGCCUAACUAACCCUUUAUAUCCUUAUUUUGUUCCAUCAGCAAUGGAAAAAAGUCCUGUCCUUGAAAGUACACCACCACCAGCUGGCAACAGAAGCUUCCUUUACUCAGCAUCAACAGCACAUCUUUUAGCUGCUAACAGACUGCAGACAGGUCAAAGCACAUUUUUCUCAGCAGAUCCUAAAAAUAUUCAAAAGGCAACAAACUGUACUUUCAGUGCCCCCAGCCCAUCGUCAAAGACAUUCUCUCAAACAUCUGUCUCUGGAGCAGUAACAAGCAGUCAAGAUCUAGAUUUACUAAGAGAGUAUGGUUUAGACUUCAAUAACUUAAGCAUUCAGAAUGGCAACACAAAGCCUAAUUCAUCAAGUAAUGUACAGCAAUCAAAUAAUAUAUUUGAAAAUUUGGUUGAUCUUAGUGAUGCCACGUUAAAGAAAUCACAGACUCAAUGGACAAAAUUUGAUUAAAUCAAAUGGUGAGGCCUGAAUGUAUAUAUUAUAUAUUGCUCACUGGCCAGUGCAUUAUUAAUGAAAUGCUGGUAAACUUGCAAAAUGAGGGAUGAUGUAGUAUAUUUGUUAUGCGUGACUGAAUGAGAGAAUGAGUGAAAUUGCGCACACUUAUGCUAUACACAAGAAUCCUACUUUUUUUAAAAUUAAGAUGUCUUAAAUAAAAUAUUUAAAAAAAUAUUUAAAAUUAUUUGUGUGUGUGUGUGUGUGUGUGUGUGUGUGUGUGUGUGUGUGUGUGUGUGGGCGCAGUUGUGUCUCAAGGUUGGCAGCAGAAAGCAGAUGAUAAAGGCAACAUGUGAAUAAACUUGCUCUGCCAGGCCCCAUUUGGAAAAAAAAUGUUAUUCUUGUGUUUCAUUAUUUCUGCCUGAGAUAUAAAGUUACAGUUGAAAUGUUAAAAGUUGUCAGUUGUCACGUUGAACUGUAUAUUAAUGUUUGAACUGUUCUUUUGCAAAUAGUGCUGUAUUUGCAAUGAUUUUGAACUGAAAGAGCAUUAUACAUAUAAAAGCUAGUCAUCUGAAAAUAUUUUAAAAUGCAUAAACUUACUGAAAAAACUUAUUUGUGUCAUAUCAUUCAUUAAAUUAUUACACUGUAACUUGGA